AUGCGUUUGCAAGGAACGUGGUUAACGUUGACGGUGGGUAUUGUGGUGCUGGCAGCAGCAGUGGACGCACAGACGCGCCGUCAGCUGCGUGUCCGACCGCGUGUUCUCGCGGCCCCAUCCAGCGCGGAGUAUGUGGACAGUGCGGAAGAUGCCCAACAGGACAAUCGGCCCCAGGCCCAGCAGUACUAUGCCCGGGCCCAGGAGCGGCUCGGCGAUGUCGUGUUGGUAGCCUCCUCGGAUGAAGAUUACGGUGGUCAGUACGGUGCGCCGGUGGCGGCGGCUCGGCCCCGUGCCGACACGCAGCAGUACCAGCGGCCGGUGGCCAAAAGCACUACGGCGGCCCCGUUGGCGGCCCGACAGAAGGCGGCUGCCAGCGAGUCGCGUGCACCACCCGUACAGACGAUCCGCAACUACAGCAAGGUGAACGAUGACGGUUCGUUUACGUUCGGGUACGAGGCGGCCGAUGGAUCGUUCAAGGAGGAAACGCGCGGUACGGAUUGUGUCGUGCGUGGCAAGUACGGCUACAUCGAUCCGGACGGUAACAAGCGUGAGUUCACGUACGUUUCGGGCAAUCCAUGCGAUCCGAACAAUCCGGACGGUAGCGAAGAGGAGGAAAGCGACCGUUCCGAGGGUGGUCAGGACGAUUCCAACGAGAACGUGCCCCAGAACUAUCCGGUCCGCCGUCCGGUUGCCAUCGCUCGCCCGACUGCGUCGACCCCAGCCCGUCAUCAUUCGACGCCUGCCCCGACACCGGUACGUCCGACGACGACGGUGUUCCAGAACGACUACCAGGAUCGUCGCCAGCAGGAAUCGGCUGCUGAUGCUGAGGAGGAGGUACAGAUCGGUCAGCGUGGCUCCUCUACCCGCCCGGCGGCGCGGCCAUUUGCCGGCUCCGUCACCACCACCCAACGUCCACGGGUGCAGAUUGUAAGCACCACGCCCAACCCAACCCCAACCCUCUACCACAGCCCGGCCCCAUCACCACCGCAGACGGUGCUGCCGGUGAACAUCACCCCGAAGCCGGUGUACCGCGUUUCACCGCUCCCGACGCAGCCAACCCUCGCACCGACCACCUACCGACCGACCUCGCCCAGCACGCGCGGCCCAUCGAUCGACUUCGAGGCGGAGUUCAAGCGCUUCCAGGCCGACAACAAGCUGCCGAGCCCAUCGACCCCGUCUGCGCCGAGCACCGUACCGAAGCCGACCGGAUCACCGUUCGGACGCCCAUCCGGUCCGCAGCUUGCCCCCGGUAACCCGAUCUACCAGUCGCAGCUGAUCUUCGAUCCUGCCUCCGGUCAGUACGAUACCGCACUGUACCAGCAGCUCCCGCAGAGCGACGGUGACUUCCAGCUGAACCACCGCAUCCAACCGUUCGUCGCCGGGCCGCCGCAUCACCAGCAGCAGCAACACCAUGGCGCCGGUCAGCUCGUCACGCUCGAGCAGCUCCAGCAGCAGUCUCCACUGUACCGCACCCAGCCAUCGCCCUCGGUGGCCGGCCGGCCGCCGGUAGGACCGCCGGCCGUACAGAUCCCGCAGCAGCUCUACCAGAAGCAGCAGAACGAGCUGCAGUUCAUCAACAGCCAGCAGCUGUUCGCCCAGCAGCUCGAGCUCCAGCAGAGUCAGCUCCGUGCCGAUCGGCUCGAGGCGGCCAAGAAGGUGACGGGGCCACCGAUGCAUCGCUUCCAGCCGCAACCGCAGCCCCAGCAGCAGCAGCAGUACUACUUCAUCCAGCCCCAGGGCCCGCCACAGGGCGCACCCGGACAGAUCGAUGCGUUCCUGCGGGGCCACAACAUCGAGUACUAG